AAAGAAUUUAAACAGCCAAAUAGUGAGAGGAUGGAUCUUCCCAAGCCGCCAGAAGAUCAUGACCUGAAGAACAUCAUUGAUAAACUGGCUCAGUUUGUUGCCAGAAAUGGACCAGAAUUUGAACACAUGACAAAACAAAAACAAAAAGAUAAUCCAAAGUUUUCCUUUCUCUUUGGUGGAGAGUUCUUUAAUUACUAUCAAUAUAAAGUAACCACAGAGCAAGCAGUGGCCAAAAAGCAGCAGCAACAAUUAGUGCAACAACAGCAAAUGGUGCAACAAGUGAUGACACAACAAGCCCUUCAGACAGCACCAUGGCAGCAACCUCCACAGGCCAACCAGCAAAUUCAGAACCUGCAGCAACAGAUUGCUCAGCAUCAAGUGAUGAUGGAUCAACAGAUACAGCAAAGCGAACAGAACUUAGCUGCACAGUACCAGAGCUUCAUACAGCAACAACAGAUUCAGAUUGAGGAGGCCAUAGUGAAGUCUAGAAAUGAACAGCUGGAGAAACUGUGUGCCGAAUGUGACAUCAAAAUGGAGGAUUUGGACGGCACAGUUCAACCAAUCAUUGACUCCUGCACCAAGGAUGCAAUUCUGAAUGGAAAAAGCUGGAUAUUUCAGCAUUGCACUGCCACAGAAAAGCACUGCGACCUUGUUGCGAAAUAUUUGCAAAAAAGGUUGGUACAAGCCAAUGUUGGCCUGAAUAGGAUCACAUCCAAGGAUGCAUUAUUUGAGAUGCGCUUACACCUGAUUUACCUUAUUAAUGAUUUACUUCACCACUGCAUAAGAAAAAAUGCUGGUGAGUUGAAGGUCAGUUUGGAGAAAGUAGUGGUUCCGAUAUUCUGUACAGCAAGUUCAGGGAUAGAGGAAGACAAGAAACAAAAACUUAAUAAGCUAUUGAACCUCUGGGAACAGAACAAGUAUUUUUCUCCGGAAACCAUUGAGCAAUUAAAGAAUCCAACUCUAGCUCUAACAAAUUAUCAGACAAACUUGCUGAAUGAACAUGCAGCAGUGGUCAGUCAGAUCAGUGCAGCAACACAGCAAAAGUAUGGCAACCUGCAAAAGCAGCACCAGGACUUCAUGGCUCACCUUAACAAUCAGCUCCAGCAACUUCAGCAACAGUUGCAGAUGUUACAGCAACAACAAGGUCCGCCCCCUCCCCAGGUGAUCAGCCCCAUGGUAGAGGGACUGCCCCCAGGGAGUGCCAUUCCUCCAAUAAUACCACACUCAGCUCCCCUCCCUGCCUCGAUGGGCCCCGGGCCCCAACAGAUCCCAUCCUCAGCCCCCAUGGCUGUCCCUGGCCUUGGGGACCCUCAGGUGGUGCAGGUUUCGCAGAUAAUGCCAACACCCUCUGUUGUCGGAGAGCAGCCCCCACCCGUGACGUCAGAACCACCACCUCUGAUGCAGCAACAGCUAGGUCCAAUGCCAGGGGGUCAGCCACUCCAGGGACUGCCUCCAGGAUCCACCCCUCAACAGUUUGGUCCACCACCCGGGGGAUUUGGUGGACCCCCUCCAGGCUUUAGAGGGCCACCCCCUCAAAAUGUUGGUCCCAGUGGCCCCCCAGGAGGUUUACCCCCAGGAUUUACCCCAGGGCCCCCUGCACCAGGCCCCAACCAGAAUCAGUUUGCCCUCCCAGAUCUUAGCAAACCUCCCCCAGGAUUCCCUGCUGGACCACCCCCCUUUGCAGGGCCACCCCCCUCAGAUAUUGACCUGACACCUUCAGUGCCAUACUAUGAACUACCUGCUGGACUCAUGGCUCCACUGGUCAAGCUUGAAGACCAUGAGUACCGUCCUUUAGAUCCCAAAGACAUCCGUUUACCACCUCCUAUGCCACCAAGUGAAAGGCUAUUAUUAGCUGUUGAGGCCUUCUACAGUGCUCCAACUCAUGAAAGACCAAGAGACAGUGAGGGAUGGGAAAAAUUGGGUCUGUACGAGUUCUUCAAAGCCAAGCAAAGAGCAAGGAAAUUAAAAGAGGAGGAAAAAGAAGCAGAAAGACAACAAAGGGGUCGACGAUCAAGGUCAAGGUCACGUUCCAGGUCUCCCUCCAGGUCGAGGUCAAGAUCACGCUCCCGAUCAAGAGAAAGGGAAAAGUUUAGAGACAGAGAGGAGAGAAGAUCCAGAAGUAGAACAAGGUCAAGAUCAAGGUCACCAUCACCUUCACCCCGGGCUCGCAGGUCACCAUCGCCUUCACCCCGAGCUCGCAGGAGGCGCAGUGGCAGGAGAAGCAGGUCAAGGUCAGAGUCACCUUUACCUUAUCAAAGAAGCAGCAGGUCGCCUUCACCACCACCGCGACAGAGAAGGGUGUCUCGGAGUCCAACUCCCACAAAUGAAUUUGUUGGGAUGGGAGCAUCACAAACAUUGGGAGACUCCAAGUUGGGAGAGGACAAUAAAGGACACCAGAUGCUGAUGAAGAUGGGUUGGGGAGGUAAGGGUUUGGGAGCCACUGAGCAGGGGAUUGUGAAUCCCAUCUCUGGUGGGGAUGUUAGGGACAGACAGGAUAUGUUCAAAGGAGUGGGAUCAGAUCUGAGGGAUCCAUUUGAACAGUUCAGAAAGAACAAGAGCCAUGGCUUCAUUGCCAGAAUGAAGGCCAGGGAUGAAUUGAGGGAAAAAAGUAAGAAAGAUCGGGACCAGGAUAACUGAUAUCUGGAAUUUGUUGUACAUAGAUAAUCAUAUAUCAUCAUGUGUUAACUUCACAAUAAAAUCAUGACAAAAGUG